AUGGCAAGUCUACCUCAAUUCUCCUUGUCCCAUUUGCUUAUCUCCAUUUCACUUACUUUCUUUUGCUUCUCAGACCCCUGCUUCUGUUCCAAACACAAACAUUUCAAUCUAUCCACCCAAGCCGUGCAUUGGUCGUCUGCCGGUGCAACGUGGUACGGGAGCCCUGAUGGUGCUGGAAGUGACGGAGGAGCCUGUGGAUACGGAAACACAUUGUCACAAGCACCAUUUUCUUCCCUGGUCACUGCAGUAGGCCCAUCCCUCUAUAAAUCAGGCAAGGAAUGUGGAGCUUGCUACAAGAUAAAAUGUACCAAGCACCGGUCAUGUUCUGGCAAACCGGUGAGGGUUGUUAUCACAGAUUUUUGUCCCGGAGGUCCAUGCGCAUCGGAAUCAGCUCACUUUGACCUAAGUGGAACAGCAUUUGGUUCCAUGGCCAUCCCGGGUGAAGAAGAUAAACUUCGUGAUGCAGGAGUAUUACAAAUCCGAUAUGGAAGGGUUGCAUGUGAUUAUUCGGGGAAAACCAUCGUGUUCCGCGUGGAUCAGGGAUCCAAUCCUGAGUAUUUCGCGGUGGUGAUCGAGUUUGAGGAAGGAGAUGGAGAUCUUGCUAGGGUUGAUCUGCAACAAGCAUCACGUAAACCUGAUGAAUGGUGGGAGAUGAAUCAUUCAUGGGGUGCAGUAUGGCAAUUAAAUGCCGGAAAAGAAUUACAUCCUCCAUUUUCAAUAAGGUUGACAUCUCAGUAUUCUGGCCAAACCCUAGUGGCAAAAAAUGUAAUUCCAGCUGGUUGGCAGCCUGGUGCUACUUAUAGAUCCCUAGUUAACUACCUUUAA